ACUGACAACUCUCUGAGCUGCCCUUCCACCAUCUCCAUCAUCAUGGCUGUGGGUUCUGCUCCAUGGGCCUCCCCACUGGCCCUGGUACUACUGGCAAUCGCCCUGGCAGUGCCAGCUCUGGGAGGGUGCCCAUCCGCCUGCCGGUGCUCCUUCGCCAUGCUGCAGUGCCUGGAGCCCAAUGGCAUUGCCUCUAUACCCGCGUUGGCACUACAGGAGAGCGAAAACGUCACGGAAAUUUACAUCGAAUAUCAAGCCGACCUGGAGAACAUUACAGAAGUAGACCUUGCCAACUAUAGAGAGUUGAAGAAUCUCACGGUCACGUUCUGCAGGCUGGCGUACAUCUCGGCUAAUGCUUUCCAACACAACAUCAAGCUCCAAUAUGUAAACCUGGCAUCUAACUCCCUGGAGCAUAUCAGUUGGAAGGUGUUCCAUUUUCUUCCCCUGCUCAACCUGGUUUUGAGGGACAACCCCCUUGAGUGCUCCUGUGAUAUCCAUUGGCUGCAGCAAUGGCAGCUUAACGACCACAGUGACCUUGACAACCAACCGCUACAUUGCCUCUCCAAUGGCCAUGCCCGAAGGUUGGACUCCUUAGUGAUGGAGAAUUGCACUGUACCGGAUGUCGCCAUUGUCCAUGCCAACACCAAGGUCCAGGAGGGGGGCAACCUGACAUUUGUGUGUCAGGUGACAGGAGUGCCCAUGCCUGUAGUGAGGUGGCGCACUAAUAAACUGCUGUCUCGCUAUACUGUACAGGAGAGGUUCUGGGGAUCCACUUUGGAGCUGGAGCUGCAGCUGUGGAAUAUGUCCUCAGAAGACAACCUGCACAACUUGACCUGUGAGGCAGAGAACCGGGCCGGGCCUGGCGAAGAGAAAGUGACGUUGGACAUUGAAUUUCCAGCCAAAAUCAUAUUCCUGCACAACGCCGAGCAACAGCACCACUGGUGUUUCCCCUUUAAGGUGGACGGGAACCCUGAACCAACCAUCCGCUGGCUUUUCAAUGGCUCCAACCUGACCGAGGGCCGUUACACCUACACACAGUUCAUUCCCGACUCGGACGACGGCUCUGUGAAGCACGGUUGUCUAUUUCUCAACAAGCCCACCCACCUGAACAACGGCCUCUACACCAUCAUUGUGGAGAACAGACUGGGCGUGGACCAAGCCACGGCCACGGGAAAGUUCAUGGACAACCCCUUUGACCCCUUUGAUCCUGAGGGCAUCAUCCCAGUCCUUGAAGAAAGUGAUCCACUUCCCACCAACAAAUCUAAUGAGGAUGUCACUGAGAACCUGGAGAGCAGAGUGUUUGGGGUGUCGGUGGCAGUGGGUCUGGCUGUGUUUGCUUGCACCUUCCUCCUCAUUAUGGUACUGGUCAUCAACAAGUGUGGCCAGCAGUCCAAGUUUGGUAUUCACCGUUCAUCUGUCUUGGGAACAGAGGAUGAUCUUGCUGUGUCACUGCGUUUCAUGAACUUUGGGGCCAGCCCUCCUUCCUCUGACGACUCUGGGAUGUCCAGCGUUGUGGAGAACCCCCAGUACUUCUGUGGCAUUUUCAAAGACAAAGACAUGUGUGUGCAGCACAUUAAAAGACAGGACAUAGUUCUGAAGUGGGAACUGGGUGAGGGGGCAUUUGGCAAAGUCUACCUGGCAGAGUGUGCCAACCUCAGUCCGGACAGUGACAAAAUGCUGGUGGCCAUCAAGACUCUGAAGGAUGCCAAUGAGUCGACCCGGCAGGACUUCCAGAGAGAGGCUGAGCUGCUCACAGUCCUCCAGCACCAGAACAUUGUUCGCUUCUAUGGAGUGUGUACAGAUGGCGAGCCACUGGCGAUGGUGUUUGAAUACAUGAGACAUGGAGACCUCAACCGCUUCCUCAGAGCGCACGGUCCAGACGCCCAUAUCCUGGCGGAGGUGAAGAUGCCCCCGCUGGGCCAGCUCACUCUUCCCCAGAUGCUGCACAUCGCCGCCCAGAUCGCCUCAGGCAUGGUCUACCUGGCCUCCCUUCACUUUGUGCACCGGGACCUGGCCACACGCAACUGCCUGGUGGGAGAUAUGGGAGAGGGUCUGAUGGUCAAGAUAGGAGACUUCGGCAUGUCCCGGGACAUCUACAGCACAGACUACUACAGGGUGGGUGGGCGUACGAUGCUUCCUAUUCGCUGGAUGCCCCCGGAAAGCAUCAUGUACAGGAAGUUCACCACGGAGAGUGAUAUCUGGAGCUUUGGAGUGGUCCUCUGGGAGAUCUUCACCUAUGGGAAACAGCCCUGGUACCAGCUCUCCAACAGUGAGGCUAUCGAGUGCAUAACACAGGGCCGGGAGCUGGAGAGACCACGCACUUGCCCCAAGGAGGUACACAGCCUGAUGCAGGGCUGCUGGCAGAGGGAGCCCCAGCAGAGACUGGUCAUCAAGGACAUCCACAGCCGCCUCCUGUCCCUGGUUAAGAGUCCCCCUAUCUAUCUGGACAUCCUGGGGUAGAGGCUAGGAGUUCUGGGGCUGAGGCUGGGGCAGUGUCCAGGCAAGGGGAAGUAGGGGAACUUACGGUCAGGAAUGACGGGUAUUGGGAAGGGGUGGAAGUCAGGUAAAGGACUGUGCUAUGGCAAUCCUGAACCUAAGCAUUGCUGUCAUUUACCUCUUUGGGUCUUAACCACACCGACACCCCCUCUGAUUGGAUAUUUGGUCAGAUUGGACUUUGCUAGGAUCUGUUCUGAUAGGGACCAUUGGGUUGGGAAGGGUAAGGUGAAGUUGCUCCUAGAUGCUGAUAUUGGGUAUUUUUUGGCCACUAAUGGUUACGGAUAGGAUUGGGGAAGGGAAGCUGAUCCCAGAUCUGUACCUCAGAGAAACUUUACCCUGGAACGAUGGGAAGACUAUGGGGAUGGGGGUUACUUCCUACUUCCUGGUCCAUGCUGCCUCAGCUCGCCUCGUCUCACUCUGUGUGCCGCUGGCUGGGAGCGGUUGGAAGAAGAUGAGCCAGCGAAGACCUGUCAAGUGUUUACUGUGAGUGUUUUAUUGUGUAACUGAACGGGUGUCGUCCUGAUGAAUGGUUUUGCAUGAUUGGAGAAAUCCAGACUAUACAGUGCCUUUGGGAAUGUUUUCAGACCGCUUGACUUUUUUCACAUUUUGUUACGUUACAGCCUUAUUCUAAAAUUAAUUAAAUUGUUUUUUUCCUUCAAUCUACACACAAUACCCCAUAAUGACAAAGCAAAAAUAGGUUUUCGGGAACUUUUUGCAAAUUUAUUACAAAUAAAAAACUGAAAUAUUACAUUUACAUAAGUAUUCAGACUCUUUACUCAGUACUUUGUUGAAGCACCUUUGGCAGCGAUUACAGCAUUGAGUCUUCUUGGGUGUGAUGCUACAAGCAUGGCACACCUGUAUUUGGGGAGUUUCUCCCAUUCUUCUCUGCAUAUCCUCUCAAGAUCUGUCAGGUUGGAUGGGGAGCAUUGCUGCACAAUUAUUUUCUUUUUUUCCCUUUUCUUUUCUUUUUUAAAAAUUGUAUCCCCUUUUCUCCCCAAUUUUCGUGGUAUCCAAUCGCUAGUAAUUACUAUCUUGUCUCAUCGCUACAACUCCCGUACGGGCUCGGGAGAGACGAAGGUCGAAAGCCACGCGUCCUCCGAAGCACAACCCAACCAAGCCGCACUGCCUCUUAACACAGCGCGCCUCCAACCCGGAAGCCAGCCGCACCAAUGUGUCGGAGGAAACACCGUGCACCUGGCCCCCUUGGUUAGCGCGUACUGCGCCCGGCCCGCCUCAGGAGUCGCUGGAGCGCGAUGAGACAAGGAUAUCCCUACCGGCCAAACCCUCCCUAACCCGGACGACGCUAGCCCAAUUGUGCGUCGCCCCACGGACCUCCCGGUCGCGGCCGGCUGCGACAGAGCCUGGGCGCAAACCCAGAGACUCUGGUGGCACAGCUAGCACUGCGAUGCAGUGCCCUAGACCACUGCGCCACCCGGGAGGCCCGCACAGUUAUUUUCAGGUCUCUCCAGAGAUGUUCGAUUGGGUUCAAGUCCGGGCUCUCAAGGACAUUCAGAGACUUGUCCCGAAGCCACUCCUGCGUUGUCUUGGCUGUGUGCUUAGGGUCGUUGUUCUGUUGGAAGGUGAACCUUCGCCUCAGUCUGAGGUCCUGAACGCUCUGGAGCAGGUUUUCAUUAAGGAUCCCAUUGUACUUUGCUCCAUUCAUCUUUGCCUCAAUCCUGACAAGUCUCCCAGUCCCUGCCACUGAAAAACAUCCCCACAGCAGAAUGCUGCCACCACCAUGCUUCACCGUAGGGAUGGUGCCAGGUUUCCUCCAGUUCUGACACUUGACAUUCAGGCCAAAGAGUUCAAUCUUGGUUUCAUUAGACCAGAGAAUCUGGUUUCUUAUGGUCUGAGAGUCUUUAGGUUCCUUUUGGCAAACUCCAAGCGGACUGUCAUGUUCCUUUUACUGAGGAGUGGCUUCCGUCUGGCCACUCUACCAUAAAGGCCUGAUUGGUGGAGUGCUGCAGAGAUGGUUGUCCUUCUGGAAGUUUCUCCCAUCUCCACAGAGGAACUCUUGAGCUCUGUCAGAGUGACCAUCGGGUUCUUGGUCACCUCCCUGACGAAGGCCCUUCUCCCCUGAUUGCUCAGUUUGGCCGGGCGGCCAGUUCUAGGAAGAACCUUGUUGGUUCUAAACUUCUUCCAUUUAAGAAUGAUGGAGACCACUGUGUUCUUGGACCUUCAAUCCUGUAGAAAUGUUUUGGUACCCUUCCCCAGAUCUGUGCCUUGACACAAUCCUGUCUCUGAGUUCUACGGACAAUUCCUUCGACCUCAUGGCUUGGUUUUUGCUCAGACAUGCAUUGUCAACUAUGACAUGUAUUGCCAACCUUAUAUAGACAGGUGUGUGCCUUUCCAAAUUGUAGAAUCCAGUCAACUUGUAGAAACAUCUCAAAGAUGUUCAAUGGAAACAGGAUGCACCUGAGCUCAAUUUCGAGUCUCCUAGCAAAGGGUCUGAAUACUUAUGUAAAUAAGGUAUUUCUGUGUUAAAUAUUUUAUACAUUUGCUAAAAAAAAUAUAAAAAAUGUUUUCACUUUGUCAUUCCGGGGCGUUGUGUGUAGAUUGUUCAGGAUUUUUAUUUAUUUAAUAAAUUUUAGAACAAGGCUGUAACGUAACAAAAUGUGGAAAAAGUCAAGGGGUCUGAAUACUUUCCGGGAUUUACUGUUGCCUGCGAAUAUGGAAACGUUUAAUUACUUUAGUGACUUUCAAGCCCGAGCAUACUUUUUGUAGGUGAAAUUUCAAACUUUCUUCUACAAUUUUGAUAAUAAGUGCUUUACCAUUAUGACCAUUAUGUAUUGUAACAGUAAGACGCCAUCUUUCCAUUUUCAAGCUGUGUGAUAUAAUCUGCAGGAGUGAAAGUGAUUUCAAGAGAGUGCCAAGUCAAUUGCACUAAUCAGAAAGCUUUCUAUUGUUAGGCAGUUAUGUCAGAUCAAUCAUUUUUCAUAUGCAUAGCCCAGACAAUAGUAAAGAAACUGCAUACAAAGUCUGUGUUCUUCAUGGUUAUCACUUGCAUUGUAUUGGGAUAUCUAUUAUCAAUUAGCAUUUGUAAUAUGAACUAAAAGUAAAUGGUCAUUAAGAGAUGCUCCUUAUCAAUAUAAUCUUAUUUGAUAACCCAAUUUGUUUAUAACCCAAAACCCAACCAUCAUCUGGAUUGAAAAUGUCUGAAUACAGUAAAAUGUGUGUGUGUGUGUGUGUGUGUGUGUGUGUGUGUGUGUGCGUGCGUGCGUGCGUGCGUGUGUGUGUGUGCGUGCGUGUGUGUGCGCGCAAUAGUAAGUUUGACCGGACGUCGUCUACUGUUGAUAUUGUUCACUACAGUUGGUUAUAGCAAAAGGAAUACAGUACAAUGUUUUGCAUUUUCCGCCUACUAAUUCAAAUCCGAAUGUACAAUAUUAUAUUUACAAACAUUAUAGUAGAGUUGUAUAGUUAUUCUUUUGACUUAUACAUUAUUUAUCUAAUGUAUUACUCUGUUCAAAAUGUCUUACUGUAUAUGCAAUCCUUUUCUGUCAGAGGACAAAACAAAGACGACUAAUUGUAAAAUAGGAAUAUUUUUGAAAAAACAGCAGGGGAACUUCUAUUAAAGGCCAGGAAGGUGUUUUUCCUGACAUACUAUUCUUAAAUGUUUUGCAUUUAAAUACUGUAGAAUGAUUUCUCUGUUCAAGGUCAGUGAGUAUACUCCAAAGAAAAACAUGUGUAUGCAAUGCAAGACUAUAGCUCAUAGGUUCAGGUACAGUUACAAAGCUUUCAUAGGAAAUAGCCAUGUUAACAUGCCUUAUAGUGACCCCAAAGCAUUUAACAUCAGCCUUUAACAUCAAGGCAAGCUGCUGAAAUCCAGUAAGGGACAAGAUGGUUGAGAGAGAUACAGCAAAAUGGUGUCACAUGUAACAGAUGGAUAACAAUGCUCGAGACUUCAGGAGGAGAGUGACAGAUGGAAUUGAAAUAGAGACCGUGAUACAACCUAUAGACCACAACAAGGUCUACUCUCCCUUUUAACCUUUCACCUUGAAAAUAAAAGCAGACGUUUUACAAGACUAGUAAAACAAUUGGGACACCUUUGAAUGUAAAUAUGUAAAUCUACUUUAUUGAUGUUAAAAAAAUUGUCAUGUUCAAAUAUUGUUCCCCCAGCACUUUGUAUAUCGUCUAUCCAUGAAUAA